AUGGAGAAACCCAACAGUGAUGAUUCAGCCAAAUCUGCUGACUUGAAUGUAUCUAAUAUCUCUGUCCAAAUGGUAACCCGACCAGAGAAGCUACCAGUCAGGAAACCACCCAGAAAGCCACACAGAAAACCUAUUGGAAAAGUCAAAUCCAAGAAGAAAGCCAAGAAAACCCCCUUUUGGAACAUCCAGAAUAAAAUCAUUCUUUUCACAGCAUUUUUAGUCAUCCUAGCAGUAAUCACCUGGACGUUCCUAUGGCUCCAUAUCAGCCAGGCUGAAAGCAAGGAUGCUUUUUACUUUGUUGGGCUGUUCCGUAUCGCCAACAUCGAAUUUCUCCCAGAAUAUAGGCAGAAGGAAUCAAGGGAAUUCCUUUCAGUAGCACAAAAUGUGCAGCAAGUGAUGAACCUAGUAUACACAACAUCUGCUUUCUCAAAAUUUUAUAAGAAGUCUGUGGUUGCAGAUGUCAGCAACAAUAAUGAGGGCGGUCUCCUUGUCCACUUUUGGCUUGUUUUUGUGGUGCCACACGCCAAGGUUUUCUGUGAAGAAUGUGUAGCAGCCGUCUUGAAGGACUCUAUUCAAACAAGCAUUGUGAACCGGACCUCUGUGGGGAGCCUGCAGGGCUUGGCUAUCGAUAUGGAUUCUGUGGUACUAAAUGCUGGGCUCAGGUCUGACUACUCUUCAGCUAUUGGAAUAGAUAAAGGCUGUGCUCAGGACUUAUAUGCAGAUCAUCCCUUUCAGCAUUUUCCCCUGGAGAUUUCUGCUACCUCGGGACACCUGAAGUGCCACUUCAAACUGAUUGCCUCGGUCGGCUAUCUCAUCCGCCUCUCUGUUGUGUCUUUACAAAUCGAAGCUGACAACUGCAUCACGGACUCCCUGACCAUCUAUGACUCCCUAAUGCCUAUCAAGAGCACAAUCUUAUACCGAAUUUGUGAACCUACCAGAUCCUUAAUGUCAUUUGUUUCAACAAACAAUCUCAUGUUGGUGACUUUUAAAUCACCACGAGUGCGGAGGUUGUCAGGAAUUCGGGGAUAUUUUGAGGUCAUUCCAGAAGAAAAGUGUGGGAGCACAAUAUUAGCCAAGGAGAACAUUGGGUUUGAAGGGAAAUUUUCAAGUCCAUAUUACCCAAGCUACUAUCCUCCAAAAUGCAAGUGCACAUGGAAAUUUCAGACUCCCCUGCCAACUCUAGGGAUAGCACUAAAAUUUCAUAACUACACAAUAACCAAGAAGAAUGUAAAAGGCUGCGAUCAUGGAUGGUGGGAAAUCAAUGAGCACAUGUACUGUGGUUCUUACAUCGAUCACCAGACAAUUUUCCGAAUAGCCAGCUCUGUAGUUCACAUUCAACUUCAGUGCAGCUCAAGACUUUCAGACAAGCCGCUUUUGGUGGAAUAUGGUAGUUACAACAUCAGCCGACCUUGUCCAACAAAUCACUUCAGAUGUUCCACUGGCUUAUGUGUUCCCCAGGCUCAGCGCUGUGAUGGUAGCAAUGACUGCUUUGAUGAAAGUGAUGAACUUUACUGUGGCAUGCUCAAGCCUGCUUGUAACAUCAGUGCCUCCAAAUCACAGGCCCCCCUGGUCUGUGAUGGCUUUAGGGACUGCGAAGAUGGCCGGGAUGAACAGAACUGUAUUCAGAGAAUUCCAUGCAACAACCAAACUUUUAAGUGUGGCAAUGAUGUUUGCUUUAGAAAACAAAAUGCCAAGUGUGAUGGAACAGUAGACUGCCCAGAUGGGAGUGAUGAGAAAGGCUGUAGUUGCAGCAGGACUUCCUCCUCUGUUGUCCACCGCAUCAUCGGUGGUUCUGAUACCCUGGAGGGUGGCUGGCCAUGGCAAGUCAGCCUCCAUUUUGUUGGGUCUGCUUACUGCGGCGCCUCAGUCAUCUCCAGGGAGUGGCUCCUCUCUGCAGCCCACUGUUUCCAAGGAAGCAGGUUAUCUGACCCCAGGCCAUGGACUGCUCACUUAGGGAUGUAUAUACAAGGUAAUGCCAAGUUUGUCUCUCCAGUGAGAAGAAUUGUGGUUCAUGAGUACUAUAAUAGCCAAACCUUUGACUAUGAUAUUGCCCUGCUGCAGCUGAGCACUGCUUGGCCUGAAACCAUGAAGCAGUUAAUUCAGCCAAUAUGUAUUCCUCCCGUUGGACAGAAAGUGCACAGUGGGGAGAAGUGUUGGAUAACAGGCUGGGGACGAAGGAAUGAAGCAGAUAGCAAAGGCUCCACGACUCUGCAGCAAGCUGAAGUUGAGCUUAUAGACCAAACUGUAUGUGUUUCUACGUAUGGAAUUGUGACUGCCCGGAUGCUUUGUGCAGGUGUAAUGUCUGGGAAGAGAGAUGCUUGCAAAGGGGAUUCGGGUGGACCCUUAUCAUGUCAAAGAAAAAGUGAUGGAAAAUGGAUUUUGACUGGCAUUGUUAGUUGGGGACGUGGAUGUGGAAGAGCCAACUUUCCUGGUGUUUACACGAGGGUGUCAAAUUUUGUUCCCUGGAUUCACAGAUACGUACCUUCUCUUUUAUGAGUCUGGGUAUGAUUGCCCUGGAAUUUUGA